AUGAAUCUCUCCCUCGUAUUCUCGCCAUGGAUGGAGGACUUUAUUGCUCGAAACUAUCAUCGCACUCGCGGCCUGGACGUCUCUCAUUCAUUGCCCAGGCUGGCGGAUCGCGUGGUGGAUGCUCUCAGCUCCGUCCCCCGCGCGUCCAUCGAGAGACUAGUUCUCCAAAGGUCUUGGACCGAAAUUCCCGGGCCAUGGCUGGAGGCUUUCCAAGUGCCUAAACUCAAGACACUCGGCAUCAUCGUUCCUUUCAUGAAGGCAAAUCACGUCCCUUGGAGUAUAAUCCAGCUUCCUGAUCUCACGCACUUGAAACUGGAAUUUUCCGAUGCGCUCACCGGGGCCGCUGCGAUAGAGUUCGUCGCUGCCAUGCGAUGCUUGCGUAUGCUUGCGGUAUUCGAGAUGCGCUGCCGUCAGGAGCGAGCAGCGCCGGCACGCAAGCUAGCGCAGUCGCAAUUUCCCACCGAUACACGCAUUACUUGGAACGAGCUGGAACGGAUGUCGUUGAAGGCAGACUCUCAUACCGUAUUUCAGCUCGCGAGCCUGAUUGAGCGCCCACCUUCGACGGAUCUCUGUUUGCAGACUACCAACUGCAUCGAUCGCGCUCUAUUGGAUACAGUGGCUGCAUCUACUAUCAAGCACUAUGCUGCGUCUACACCAUUUGACAAACUAUGCAUCCAGGACACCAACAUUCUGAAUACCCCAUACGUACGGCAUGAGACCCAAUUUUGGGCUGCCAAACGCGACACUCCUUAUCCUGAGCGAUCAGGACAUAUUAGAGGACUAGACGGUCUCGCCACGCCCAUAGAUCAGGAGGAUCCAAACCUCCUCUCUGACAUACUGCUGAGCCUCAGGCCAGAAUCAAUCCGAGAAGUACGCCUAGCGCUGUCUCCCGGUCUCAAUCUAGGAAGCUACUCGUGGGUUCCAUGCAUACAUCACCUCCGCAAAGUGACGUACGCACGCGUAUCUCCCGCCUACUCGCAUCGUUUGGGAGUAUCAAUCUCAACCGCCAUGGCGAUACUUUUGCGUCGGGUACUGAUACCGGACACUGACGCGGGUGGGACUCCACCUUUUCCAGAGCUCUCUGAAUUAGAUCUGUCAGACGCAAAUGUCCUUGUUCUCGUCGGUCGAUGCAUCAGUCCUUUGGAUGUGCACUCCCGCACCAUGCCACCGACAUUCGCAAUGUUUUUGGUCGAGCUCUUGCAAAAGAGGCGAGCGCUGGGUGCACCUCUGAAGCGUUUAUACCUCCCAGAGUGCUCAGGAGCUUUGUCACGCUUUGAGACACAGAAUAUAGACCUACUACGCCACCUACCUGAGGUAGUGUGGUGUCGUGUGCCGUCAUAUGUGGCGUGCUAG